UUCUUUAGGUGAAAAAGACAUUAGAAAAACAUGUUCAGAAAGAUCAAAAGCCGAAAUCACAUGACGAGAAGACUGGUGAGAAACCCAAAGAUGACCAUAAACAUGAACCACAUCACGAUGAGAAACCCAAAGAUGAACACAAACAUGAGCCACAUCACGAUGAAAAAGACGUCAAGAAAACAGUGAAGAUUAAUCACGAAUCACAUCAUAUUGUCGCCAAAGACGACAAGACUCUUGAGGGUACAUUGAUUGUUAAAAAUUGUGAUCAUAAAUCGCUGAAAGAUGAUAAAAAGUCGGUUGGUCAUGAAAUAGAAAAGAAAGUCAAUUCACACUUACGUGAUCAACAUAAAGUCAACCAAGAGGUGAAAAUCGAUGUUCAUGAUGUCGAAGAACUUAACUCAACACAUUCAGCCCUUCAUUACAAAUGUCAUGGUGGCGAGAAAGAGCAUCACGAGAAAAUCAAAACUUCAUUGAAAGAUUCAUGUAAACAUGACGAUGUACGUAUUUCAACUGCAUUCGAUUCAUCAUUUCUUUUAAGAAUCAUGAAUCUUACAAGGGCUAUAGCAGAGGCUAAUUUGAGAGACAGACACAUGAAAAGAAAAUCUAUGGCUGAGCUGGAAUUGAAGCGAGGACCGUCUGGUAACAGGCCAGAAGCUCUAAGCAGUGAGCUAUCGAGGCAGAGUCUAACAUACAUUCUCAGUUCAGGUGAAUGA